UUCGCACAACAGAGAGACGACUGUGAAAUUUUCUCUGCUCGGCCCUCGCCACCAUACUGUCGUGUUACAGUGGCCGUUUGUUCGUUAGUGUGCGUGUGAUAACGACACUAAUCGCUACGUCCAGCGGUGCACCAGUUCUAUUUUCUUCAGAUCUCUACAUAUGUCCUUUACAGACUCUUUUUUAAUCACACUCGAUAAUUGGUUCCACAUUAUCCGAGUCCCGACAGACCUCGUCGCGCGACAAUGUUUUAAUACCAGACUACGAUUAUAACAUUAAUCGCUGAUAUUUUGACGAAUCACCAGUGAAUACACACACAUAAUAUAUAUAUACAUUAUAUACAUAUUUGGGUACGCGGCACUUAGCUCAGUUCUUGAUGUCAUCAUUCUCGAUCAGUUCCGGACACCACACGUUGUACGGCACCAAAGAUAACUUGGUGGACCAAGACUUUAAUUGGCAUUGUUAUAAUAACUUUAACAACCAUCAAAAGAAGGGCAAUAACAUGUCGCAGUGCGACGUUACAGAAGCCGGUGUCCCUCUCAACUCUCCUGCUUUUCUUUCUUGGCGUAAACUUCAAUUAAGUAGAGCUAAACUCAAGGCUUCAAGCAAAACAUCAGCGCUUUUAUCAGGUUUUGCUAUGGUGGCAAUGGUAGAGAUGCAAAUUAGCGAAGACUCUACGGUACCAGAAGGAAUGCUUAUAGCAUUUGCUAUAUGUACCACCCUUUUAGUUGCUGUUCACAUGUUGGCUCUAAUGAUAAGUACAUGUAUUUUACCAAACAUUGAUGCCGUAUGUAAUCUCCAUUCGGUAAGUCUCGUACAUGAAGCUCCACAUGAACGCCUACAUUGGUAUAUAGAAACUGCAUGGGCGUUUUCAACACUUCUUGGUCUUUUAUUGUUCCUAGCUGAAAUUGCUAUAUUAUGUUGGGUUAAAUUUUAUGAUAUAUCUAAAUAUGCAGCAUGGUCUGCCGUUAUUAUGUUGAUCCCUGUCCUAGUGAUAUUUUUAGCAUUUGCAAUACACUUCUAUCAAUCUAUGGUAGCCCAUAAGUAUGAAGUGACUGUGAGUGGUAUUAGACAAUUAGAGCUUCUGAAAGAACAGAUUGAAGCUGGUGACUUAGAACGCACAAAUGGAUUGUUACUGAAUACGUCAGGCACACAAAUUGUUUGACAGUACCUUCAAGUGAGGCAAAUGUUCUAAAUAACCCUUCAGUUCUUAUAAUAAAUAUAACUUUAAUGGUGCUUUAUUAAACAAAACUUUGAAAAAUGUUCACAUGAUGUGUUACUGUGUUUGACUUAUUAUCUUGACUGUUGCCUAUAAAGUUUUUUUUUACCAUUUGCCAUAAAUCUAACUUAUCCUAUAAAUUAAUCUUGUUAUUAUAAAGAUUUAAUGAAUACAAGCUACACAUAGUAUAUUAUAUUAUAUUUUAUAUUAUUUUUCUUUACGGAGCUCAACAUUUCCUAGACUAAUUAUAAAGUUUUAAGUUUUACAUGAAUAAACUUUUAUGUUAAAUUGUAUAUAUUUUAACUUUAACAGUGUAAUAUAAUCUAUAUUACUUUGCCAAUCUACAAAUUAAGCAUUAUCUAGUAACAUUGUUAUUAUUUUUUCCAUAAUAUGUUACUAUUUACCCUGACAUUUAUUGGCCUGUGAUCAAAUAUGCUACAUCAAAAUAAAGAAUGUUAUAAUUAUACUAACUUAAAAAAGUGAAGCCUUUAGGUAUUUUAACUAUAUUAUUUUGAUGCAGUUUAAUACAGUUUUAAGAACUCUUCAGUUUGGUUUAAUAUUUUUAAUUAUAACAUAAUAUAUUAGGUAAAGCCUAUUUUUAGUUUGUAUUUCUCACCAUAUAUUUUUUAUAUAAUUUUUAUCGAUGAAUAUUUUGCCUGUCACGUGUUUUUCAUCUUCUACACAAAAAAGAUUUAUAGCAUUUUUUUUUAUUUAACUUAUAACAAUUGUUUUAUAUUAUUAUUGUUAUUAUUUUUUUUUUUUUACUUAUUCAUUGUUUUUUUCAUGUGGACAUUUAUAAUAAUAUUGUUCAGAUAGUUCUGUGUUAAAUUAUAUAUGCAUAAUAUAUAUAUAUAUAUAUUUAUAAGAAAAACAAUGAUUUCAACUCAUUCUAUUUGUUAAAAUUAUCCGUAACAAUUCUAUACUUGUCUCUAACGACAUUUAUGUUAAUGCUUAAUGUAUGUAAUGUAUAUGUACUUAUUAGAAUUCUGUACACUUUUCAAGAUUGUGAUGUAUUUUUAUAUACAGACGGUAAGCAAUAAUAAAUGUUAAAAUAUUUAAAUUGCUGUUUUUGCUAUGAAGAGUACAACCUUGAUCAGUUAAUCGAUACAUGAUAUUAUGACACGAUAUUAAUAACACUUUAUGAAAUAGUUUUCUUUCCAUUUUUUUAUAAUAAACAAUUGUUUAGUGCGUUUAAAUACAGAGUGAUCCAUUUAACUGGCUAUCCUAUUAGUUAUUUAUGACAUAGUUAUAUAUUUCAUUAUCAUAUCAUUCUUACUCGUCACUCAUCAAACCUAUUUAUUAUACUUGAACAUGUAUAGAUUGUAGAUUACUUCAAUAACAAAAAAAAAAAAAUAGUUUAAAGUAUUAAUUUAAUUUAUCACAAUGGUCUUUUGUUGACAAUUAUUUUUAUUCAUAUUUAGAAGCAAAAUGCUUUUCCAAAAAAGUAAUUUUUAUGGCAUAUAGACAUCGGAUAUAAGAUUGAACAAAAAAAUGGUAAGUGGUAUCCUGCAAAAUGUAUGAUCUACUGACUAAUGGUUAGUACUCUACUAAACUAACCGUUUUAUGUUUUGAAACGCUUUUUCACGAAAGAAUUGUAGAUAUUUAGUACCUAUAUAUUCUACAUCUUUAGUUUAGAAAUUUAUUAUUCAUCUUAUGAAAUAAAAAUUAGAAAAAUUAAAAAUCACUGUACACUGAUAAAAAUAAUAAAAUAAUUACUUGUUUUCUUUAAAUGUAAUUUAGUAAAAUAUAAAUAUGUAAUAAGUUACGCUUCAAGUUUCAGCUACACAAAAAUCUACUUGGACAAUAAAUGUAGUUGUUAAAU